CUCGCUAUGUCAAGUGAGCGAGCCAUAAGAAACUAGAACACGAAUACAAGAGUCAUUCUCUGUUCAGUUUCAGCCACAUUCAAUGGCAUCACUGCAAUGACAAAAGCCAGUUGCGCAACAAACUGUCUGCCAAAAAACCACCACUGUGACUUGCCACAAAGCAAAUGAGCACCACUCUUUUGCUGACAAAAUGAAAGAGAUGACAGGCAAAAUGUUCCACCACGAGAAUCACGGUCAGCAAUCCACCUGCCAUGGCUCCAAAACUCAACAAUCAGUAGGCCAUGGCUCCACGGCUAUGCAUGGUGGUUAUGCUAACCAUAGCCAGCAAACUGCAUGCCACGGCUCCAAAACUCAGCAUUCAGCAGGCCAUGCCUCCACUGCUAUGCACGGAAAUCAUACUAACCACUGCCAGCAGACUGCAUGCCAUGGCGCCAAACCUCAACAAUCAGGAUGCCAUGGCUCCACUGCUAUGCAUGGAAGUCAUGGUAACCACAGCCAGCAGACUGCAUGCCAUGGCUCGAAGAAGGAAGGGGGUUUCAUGCAUAAGAUAGGUGAUCAGCUGAAGACCAUGAGGAGAAAGAAGAACAAAGAUGGACGCUGCAGAGAUGGCAAAGAUAGCAGCAGCAAUAGCAGCAGUGAUGAGAGCGACAACGAGAACUGUGGAAGGAACAAGAGAGAGAGCUGCUGAAGAAGUAAGCUCCAAUACUCAAUAAGAGACAGAAGCUAUCCUACUAAUGAACUGUUGCUCAAUGUACUUUGUCUGAAAGCGAUGUCUGUGUCUGUGAGAGAAAGCUAAGUGAGGAUGUGCACUAUGAAUAAAUGCUAAUACUUCAAUGUACCUAUCACCUAUGGUCUAUCCAGUAAUGAAAUAAGUUUCUGAGAUCA